CCAGGUCCAUUUUCCCCCAAUAGCAUCUCAACUUGGCGAAAGAGGAAUUAGGGUUUUAAUAGCAUCUCAAUUGGAGAGCAAAAUAGAUUCGUGCUUCGCCGGAACCCUAAUUUGCUUCUCCGAUCACUCUGUCAGAUCGAGAAAUAAUGCUCUAUCUCUAUGCUGGGCGCUAAUUGAUGGAUCCAGACAGCAAGAAGUUUGGAAGAGGGCCAAGAGAGCUUGCAGGUGCUGUGGAUCUUAUUAAUCACUUCAAGUUGUUGCCUCAUCACGAGUUCUUCUGCAAGAAGCCUCUUCCAUUGUCAAUUUCAGAUACACGCUACCUUCACAAUGUUGUAGGAGACAGAGAGAUUAGGAAAGGGGAAGGGAUGCAGUUGGAUCAGCUUAUAUGUGAUACGUCGUCUUUAAAGGAGACAAAUUCACGCAUCCAACCAUUUGAGUUAGAUGCUCUUAACGAAGCUUUUCAACUACGUGAAGCAGCUCCAAUUGUUCUGCCUCUGUCCGAAAAAGGGAUCCCCACUGUAGCUGGAAAGUCUAAAAGUGAGUCGAAAGACAAGGAGAAGAAGCAUAAGAAGCACAAGGAUAAAGACAAGGAGAAGGACAAAGAGCAUAAGAAGCACAAACACCGUCAUAAAGAUCGAAGUAAAGAUAAGGAUAAAGAGAAAAAGAAAGAUAAAACUGGCCAUCAUGAUUCUGGUGCUGACCAUUCAACGAAACAUCAUGAAAAGAGAAAGAAGCAUGAUGGCAAGGAGGAUCUUAAUGAUGUUAACAAACACAAGAGAAACAAGUUAAGAAUUUGGAUGGAUCCUUUUCUUAUUGUAAAAUAUCCAAGAAUAGCUUCUGGACCAACUAAAGAAUGCCAAGAGGGUGAAUGCACCUGUUGAAAGUAGAUUUUAGUGUGCUGAUAAACAACCUCAUUGUAUCUAUUAUACUAAGAGCUUGUUUGGCAUUGUUGCUAAAAACUGUUUAUUUUCAUAAGCACUUUUUUUUUUUGGUAACUAAAAGAUGUUAUUUACCAAAUGGAAAAUGUACAGCUCAAGAAAAGGAACAAAAACAGAACUCUAGCUGGGAAGGACAUAUUGCUCCUA